AUGGCAUCGUUUCCUUCUUUUCUUUUAGCAGCAACUGCAAAUGAAGUAUCAACAAAAAUCGGAAAAAAUGGGUAAGAGUUUGAGAAAAAAACAUCUUAAAUAAUAAAUAUUUUUGUAGAACUUCCUCACCUUCAACAUCUUCAGCAUUUUCAAUUGAUACAUUAUUAUCAGCUUCUUCAACACCUCUCAAUAUUUCUCCAAUUUCUUCUGAUAGUUUUUCAGCACAAUUCGCACCAUGGUCAACAUUCCCAUUUGUUUGUAUGUUUUCAAUUCAAUAAUUGAUCCAUGUUUUAUCUGAAAAUCUAAAUUUUCCAGCCAUGCUCUGUUCUCCACUUCUUCCCCAAUUUCUUCCACCAUAUCAACAUUUUGUUUCGCGUCGAAAAAGAAGACAUCGAACAAUUUUCAGUGAGGAACAAUUGCAUAUUUUAGAAACUACAUUUUUAUCAACACAUUAUCCGGAUGUUGCAACACGGGAAAAAUUGGCAAUUCAAUGUGCAUUGAAAGAAGAAAGAGUUGAGGUAAGUUUUGGAGUCUCAGCUAACGUGUGCUAAAAAGUUGGGGUAAUUUGUAAUUUUCAAACUAGGAUUCCUACAGUAGUUCGGCUCUAUAAUUUUGUAAAGUUUAAUUCUGAUUUUAAUGCAGUUUGAGAAAACAAGGAGCACAAUUUAGAUUUUUCUCUGAUUCCUAAUAGGCACCUUUUUGGAAUCGAUUUAAAAAUCUUUGAAAAUUAAUACAGUGAGAACAUAUGAUUAUGUAAUUUACAGACUUCAGUCGAGUUCCGUAAACUUCCAAAUGUAUAGUUUCUUUACGUGAACCUCAAUUAUCAAUUUCUUCAUUUUUCGGUUUUACAUUCGCGAUUCGGAUCUAAUUAUUAUAAGCUCAAGAUUUUCAGCUUCUCAUACAUCAGUACUGUAGCUUUCGAUUUCAUAUUCCUUUAUUUGAAAAUUUUCAUCAGUUUCGUGAAUGAUUUCAAAAAGAUUCUCUCUGUAAAUUUAAUUUUCAGCGGAAAUAGAUUAGAACAAAUAAUCAAUAAUAACUUAAGGUAUCAAUUUAUAAAUUCAAUGAACCAUUCAUAAUUAUAUUAUAUUUUUCUCCUUUUCUUUUUUUUUUUUUUAGAUAUUUCUCAAAUAUACCGCCACUUGUCAUUAUCGAAUUAGUAGACACAGAAAAAAGGGUCCUUCUAUAAAUAUUGCGUGCGCUUCCUUCUUUCAGUGUGUAUUUUAUACUUAGACAGGUGUCGAUUAAUUAGAUGGUUCAUCGAGACGAGUUCACCUGUAUUCAUUCAAUAUUUAGCGAUUUAUUUAUUUAUCCGUAUUUUUUUGCAGGUUUGGUUCAAAAAUCGUCGUGCAAAAGAGCGAAAACAAAAAAGAGAUGAAAAUUCGGGAAGUCUUUUGAAUACAACAAAUGAUGGUUCUGAAUGUGAUGAUAGUGAUGAAGAAAUGAAAACAUCAACAAAACGACCGAAAAAAGAGCCAAGUUCACCAGAAGAACAAUCAAUUAUUAACAAAUGUAUACAGUAA